AAGUGAAUAAUUAAAGCAAAUGCGUUCGUGCGUGUAGAAGAACUCUCUGCACAAACAUACCGCGCGCUUUAUCAACGGCUUGUCAGUAUUUGUUAAGCGGUUUAUUACGAAUAUAUUCCUAAUAAAAUUACAAAAUAACGAUAAUAGAUUUAUUGCUGAUAAUAUUAAAAAUAUUUACUAAAUUAGCCAGUAUUGCGCAUUUGUACGUUCAAUGAACAAGUGUUAGUUUGUUAAUAAAAGUGUUUAAAAAAUGUAUACAAACGGAAACAGUAAAAAUCAUACAAAUAGCGUUAAUGGAAAAGAAAAUAACCAUAAUGGAGAUGAAUGUGGCAACGAAAAAUCCAAUGGAAAUUUAAAUAAUUUGGUAGAAACAAGGUUUGAUUACAGAUAUCCAGAUGGAACAGUCCGUUUACGAAAUCCACAUAUCGAACUUAUGGACCAAGACAUUUUGUAUCAUCUAGCAUUAGGGAGCGAAUCCCACGACCUGGUUGAAAUGUUUGGGGAUGUUAAAUUUGUUUGUAUGGGUGGAACACCAAAGCGCAUGGAAAACUUUGCGCACUAUAUUAUGAAAGAAAUUGGUCACAAGUUACCCACUGGAACUUCGCUUAUGGAUAUAAGUCAAUAUUCUUACCGUUACAGUAUGUACAAAGUUGGGCCAGUCUUAUCCAUAAGCCAUGGUAUGGGUGUCCCUUCCAUUGGAAUCUUAUUACACGAAGUCAUCAAGCUGAUGUACCACGCUAAAUGCAAAGAUCCUAUUUUCUUUAGAAUUGGAACUUGUGGAGGAAUUGGUUUGGAAGGUGGAACUGUUGUUAUUUCCGAUGAUGCUGUCGAUGGAAUGUUAAAUAAUUAUUAUGAAGUGCCAAUGUUAGGAAAAUUAGUGAGAAGGCCUGCCAAAUUAGAUAAAAGAUUAGUCAGGGAACUGAAAGCUCUAUCCGACGUGGAAGAUCCAUACGACACAGUUACAGGAACGACUAUGUGUGCCAUCGAUUUUUAUGAAGGACAAGGCAGAUUAGACGGAGCAUUCUGCGAAUACAGUGAAACGGACAAGAUGGACUAUUUGGAAAAUUUAAAUAAGCAUGGCGUUAAGAAUAUCGAAAUGGAAGUUAUACCAUUCGCAGCUUUGACACACCAUGCCGGAAUCAGAGCUGCUGUAGUUUGUGUAUCUCUAUUAGACCGAUUGAAGGGAGACCAGGUAUGUUCGCCCAAAGAAGUGAUGAACGAAUACCAGAGCAGACCACAAAAACUUGUUGCAAAAUAUAUAAAAAGACAGUUGCAAAUGAAAGGGAAAAUCUCACUUGACGGACAUGGACCUGUUGGAAUCAAGAGCCCUAGAAGAUUUAAGUUGGUUCAACAGGAAUCUCAAACAUUCGAAUAAGAACUUUGUCGUUUUAAAAAUUCUGGUUUAAGCUUUUUAUUUAUUAUUUUUAACUUAUUAUUAUAAUUUAAAAAUGUUACCUACACAUUUUUGUUAUAAAAUUUAUUAUUGCACAACUUAUUACAAUAAUAAUUACAAUAAACAAUAAAUGUUAUAGUGAAUAUUUUUUCUAUAAAAAAUAUUUGCAUAAGUAGUUAAAAGUUUGUUCACCGUAUAUUUUUAUAGCGAUUACGGUUAAAAUUUUGCCUUAUUUUGUCAAAUAUAUUAUAAAUAAGUAAAAUUCAGAUAUAUGUAUAUCACACAUACCAGUAUGUGUGAUCAAUAUAUGAAUUUCACAAUUGUAAAGAUAGACACUAUCUACUUACAUGCAUAUGUUAUGAAGUAAAAUAUUUUUUUAAAUAUGCAAAAUUACAAAUACAUACAUUCUAAAUCGAGGCGUGUACAGGUUAAAUAACAUUUUAAAUAACGUAAAAAGUCUUUAUAGAUAAAUAUAAUUUAUUUAGGAAGGCAUGCACUGGUUUGGUUGUAAAUAUUAUGCACAAUAAAAUUUUGCAAAAAUAUGUCAUCAUACAUAUCAAAAUAAGACUCAUUUGAUAAACUACUUCUUAACAAUAUGACCAUAUAAAAUUAUUAAUAAAUUGUUGACAAAAAUUGAAUAUCCUAUCAAAAAUUAACAAUUAGUUGUCAAUUUAUAAACAAUUGACCAUAGUUUAACAAUAAGGUAAACUGAUUUGUUAUUCAGUUUUUAUUCAAAUUUUCUUAACUGGCAUCGCUUUUGCAAAAUAUAUGCUUAACUAUUUCAAAAAUAUUGUUAACCAUUUAAUAUUAAGCAUGUUUAAAUGUUGUAACGUUUGUAGCCGUGUUACUGGACAAUACAUUUGUUAACUUUUACAUAUUUAAACAAUGUAGCCAUUGACAACGAUCGUAAUCAUGUGAUUAAACUUUUGCCUAAUAUUUUAGUCACACUAUUGUUAUAUUUGCUCACGUUUCAUUAAAUCGUUGCGGACUUUAAUAUUAUUAUGUAAAAUGUGAAUGAGGUUAAAUUAGUUUAAAGCAUCAGAAUUUAAGUUAAUGAUGGCAGGUGCAACAGAAAUGUAUCCUAAUAGUAUUGAUUGUGAAUACAAAAGUACAUGACUGUUAAACAGCUUAAAUCGCUGAAUAGUUGCUUGUUGAUAAAAAAUUUUAACAAAAUAAUUACCUGAAAUAUACUAAGAAAACCUAUUGUAUGUAAAGUAAAUGGAAAAAAGCAUGAUAUAACUGCCUUUAACUUAGUCGAGUGUGCCUGGUUCUGCAUAUACACCAGUGACAGAUCAACAGAGAUUUAAUUUUUUUUUCGCUAAGCGUACAAUUAAAAACAUUCAUUAAAAAACUUUUUUUAUAUAAAAUUCACAUCUACCAUUGAGCAUUUACCGUAGAAAAUAAUAUAUCAAUGAAUAUUGUUAAACAUGGGUGUCUAGUCUAUUAAUAUAUGUGCUAUUAAAUCAAUAAAUACCAGUUGAAAAAUA